AUGGCAGAUGCUCAAACUGAGAGUAACCACAAAGCCGGUGUAUUAGAGGGGGGAGGAGAUGAGAGCAUUGUUCCACAGACGCAAGGUUUGUGGGUGCGGUAUCAAGGCUGCUGGCUGAGACCCCUGGCCGUGCAGAGCGUCAAGAUCGUGCAGGAGCAGUUCGAGGCGCGCCCCGACGACAUCCUCCUCGUCACGUACCCAAAGUGCGGCACCACCUGGCUCAAGGCCCUCGUCUUCACCAUCACCAACCGCUUUCGCCACGCCAUCACCGGCGACGACCACCCGCUGCUCACCCACCACCCUCAGGACCUCGUGCCAUUUCUCGAGAUGCCCUACCGUCAGCUCCACCCUCUCUCCGAUCUCGAGAAGCUCCCCUCCCCAAGGCUCCUCUCCACCCAUUUGCCGGUCACGCUGCUGCCUCCGUGCGUGGUGACCCUUGGUUGCCGAGUUGUGUACUUAUGUCGCAGUCCCAAGGAUGUGCUCGUGUCUUUAUGGCACUUCAUCUACAAGGUAAACAAGAACUACUCCAUAGAUAAAGCACUUGAGUUGUUUUCCAAGGGAGAAUCCUCGUAUGGGCCUAUAUGGGAACACAAUCUUGGGUUCUGGAAGGAAAGCAUAUCAAACAGCGAUAGAGUUCUCUUCUUGAAGUAUGAUGAGAUGAUGGCCCAGCUGGUCAAGCAUGUCAAGAUGCUCGCCGAGUUCCUCCGUGUUCCCUUCACGGAGGAGGAGGUGAGAUGUGGAGUUGUGGAGGAGAUCGUGCACUUGUGUAGCUUCGAUAAGCUCAAAAGCAUGCCGGUCAACUCAUCCGGUGUAUCUGAUAGGAUUGGCGGGGAGCCAAUGGAGAAUUCUUCCUUCUUUAGGACUGCCAAGGUUGGUGACUGGGCAAAUUACUUGACUGAAGAGAUGGCAAAGAAGUUGGAUGGCAUUGUUGAGGAGAAGUUGAGCGGGUCAGAUCUUACAUUUUGA